AUGUCCUCUACUGGGCAAUGGCUCACGCCAGAAGAAAAACAAAACGUAUUGCGUUGGCUACAGCAGUUUCGAUUUUCAUCGCCAAUUCGGAAGCUGAGUCGUGAUUUAUCGGAUGGCGUUUUGGUGGCGGAAAUGUUGCAUCAAAUUUUCCCGCGGCUGGUGGAGCUGCACAAUUAUACCAAGGGAUUUGCGCCAAGCCGGAAGCUCGACAAUUGGGACACCCUUAAUCGGAAGGUCUUCAAGAAGCUGGAAAUCGAGUUAACUCCGGAUGUGCUCCAGGCGAUUGUCGGCCAGCAGGAUGGUGCCGUUGAAGCCGUUCUGAUGGAGAUCAUGAUCAAAGUUCAGCGCAUCAUGGCGAAUCAAUGAGUGGAACUUGUUGAGCGAACAUUUUAGUGGCUAUUUUAUAUUUUUUAUUCAGAAUUAUAU